GGAAUUAUGGCCUGCACACUUGUUGAAAGUCAGCCUCCCGGGAGCUGCUGCAGGGAUUGGAGGCAUAUAUACUUCAGCAGGGGCAGCUCGUCAAUAAGGAGGCCCGUCAAGUGGGCGCGUAAGUGGCAUUAGGAUUUUCACUGGGUCCUAAUCCAGUCCAGCACUUACGUAAGACCCCUUGGAGGCCGGGAAAAAGUACAUUGUUGCACUUUUAGGGACACCCUCAGCGGUACUUUGUACUUUACUACCCUUGACGCUUGCCUGUUUUAGACCUUUUUGCCUUGGGAGAAGGUACAGUUACACGCUGGGAAAGAGUUCCUCUUCUCAAUUCAACUGAAAUUUCAACCAAAAAUUUCAAACAUGGCUCCCACACUCUUGCAGUUUUUCAAAAAGUAGCUCAUAAAUUAUUAUGAGUCAAAACCCAGACGUACAUAAGAAAAUUGUACAUAUUUUCAAUCCUAAAAAUGGCUAAAUGAACGGAUAUACAUAUGUACUGUUGUGUAAUAUCUGCGAUGUUGUGUGACGUCAGCUAGCUCCUGUAUAGGUGCUGAGUGUUAGCAUGAUUAGCAGUGUGGAUAGUGCCAGAAACUGGCGUGAGUUGUGGCUGACAGCAGCUCCUGUGUGAACGUUCAAUGUGCCGUUGCAGUAGUACUUUACUGUACUACACUCACCGCUAGGCGUCAGGAACGUUACGUCCAUGACACAGUAGCCAACCAAGUAUCCUGUCUUAUUUAUUUAUUUUCAAUUGUCAACUUUAUUGGCUAAUACAAGUUUACACUUGUAUUAGUAUACUGUAUUAAUAUAUACAGUAGAAGGUCAAUCCCACGUCAACUCUGUCAACCUCUGCUAUGUGAAUCACUACACCACCAAUGGCCUAAUAUUAUGUUAGUGCAUGAUAUGUUAUUGUAAGUUUGGGCAUAUGGACUUCCAUAAAACAUCCAUCAAAGACACACCCCUUCAAAACAAAUGCCCCAAAGGACCAAAACAAAAAACUACAAGCAUAUCCCCAUGCUGUGUACCGUACAUAAAGAAAUCCACUGGAGCCCUCACGGCACGGGACAUUAAUUCAUGUCCUCAGUUGGACGAAGUACAGGACUUCAAGGUAGCUCCGGAACCAACAUGGUACAAGUGUGACCUCUAGCUUUAUGAAUAUCGGGUCUGAAAGGAGAACCUUUGUGGGGUGCCACCCCCCAAUGAUUGGCCUGCAUGCCCCCAGGUGGGCGUAUCCAAAACAAUUUGCUGUCAAAACCAGAGAGUCCCUCAGCACAAAGGACCCCCAAAAGGUACAGGUAUGCCCCCACACUAACUACACUCAUCUUUAAGGGUAGCACCCUGGUGACUAUUUAGACCCGUAAAAGUCAUUUUUCUCGAUGAGUUUUGACUAAAAUGAAUAAUGUUUCUCAAAGGACAAAUGAUUGGACUUCCGAGUAGCCGAAGAGCCAAGAAGGUGCAGGUGACCCCAAGACCCCUAAGCAGUACAGCUAUUUCCCCACGCUGGCUACUACCCCACUGACAAGAUAUUGGCGCCCCCAAGGUCAAACGGUGUCUCCAGUUGGACUCAUGAUUGGACUCCAAGGUAUAGCUCCAGAGCCAAAACGGUACAAGCAUGUCCCCAACGGGAGAACCUUUGGGGGUACCAGCUUCUAAAGGUACUAUGAUGUCAUUUCUUACUCGGGUACUCGUAUCUUAAGAGCAUGAUUAGCAGAGUUCGGAGACAUUUGAAGAGCAAAAAGCCACUCAUCUCCGUCCAUGUGCAACUUACGUGUGGGCAAGGACGACACGGCAGCAGAGUGCAGCACCAGGAGAAGCCAGCCCAUAUCUAUGACCACUUUCAUGUCUUUAUCCUUCUUCUCGCUCCCUUUCUUGUGGCCUUGCUUCGCCUCCACGCGAUCCCGCUGCUGUCCUUUGGCGCCAAAAGAACGCACAAGUGCGCACAAGAUCAAAGCGUCUUCAAAGUUAGCAGACGUCCUGCUCCCUCGUCUGUCCUCUUCGUCUUGUUGCUUCUUCCUGCAGCUUAAAUCAUACACAAGUUCAUACUUUUAAGCCCCGCCUCCUGCUCUCCCUCCUCCUCCUCCUCCUCCUCCUCCUCCUCUCCUCUCCUCUCCUCUCCUCUCACUAAUUUCCCCUCUUUACUCCGUCCUUCCCGUCCUUUCUUUGUUACCUCUUCCUCCAAACACCCCACCUCCUUUUAUUGAUGAUUAUGGAGAGAGUCAGACUUCCAAUGAAAAUGCCCCGUCACUUUCCAGGAUGUGGCAUUACACCCGCAAGUCAUAACAUUAGGCACACCUGCACAAUCUCAUCUAAAAGCAACAUGAUAUUGGCUAAUAAUGGAACAGGAAGACUGCCAUCCACAUUCACUAGCCGCAAUUCUGUUAGCACCAAUUCCGAUCAGUAGAUCAUUAUACAACAAUAACCCUCUUAUCCACAGCAUGAUUCGCAUUUGGAAACAAAUUAAAGCCAGUUAUAACCUAAAUUCUAUAUCCCCUGCUCUACCCAUAGAUAGAAAUCCUACUUUUGCCCCGUCUGGUCUGGGGGGAAGCUUUGCCAAAUGGAGUCAGAAAGGUAUAAAAUGUGUUGGACAUCUAUAUAUACAGGGUAUCUUUGCCUCAUUCUCUCAACUACAGCAUAAAUUUGGAUUGGAAAAUAAUUCUUUCUUUCAAUAUCUGCAAAUUAGAGAUUAUAUACGUAAACAUAUGGAGGACUUUCGAAAUGAGUCAAAAACAUUAAUAAAUGAGUGCCUGAAAUUGACAAUAGACGAACCAAAACUGAUAACACGCAUCUACAAAGCCCUCCUGUCAAUGACCCCCUCUCCAGCUCAUAUACAUAAGCAUAAAUGGGAGAAAGAACUUGGCGAAACGAUUACGGAGGAUCUCUGGGAUAGUGCACUUGAAAAGAUUAAUACAUGUUCGCACAGUGCCAGACAUUGCCUUAUUCAAUUUAAAAUUAUAUACAUGCUCCAUUUCUCAAAGGAAAAACUACAUAAUAUAUACCCAGAUGUCUCACCUAUCUGUGACAAGUGCAGAUCUUCGAAGGCAACUCAUCUUCAUAGUUAUGCACUUUGCCCCAAAAUAUACUCUUUUUGGUCUGGUGUUUUUGAUAUAAUGUCCAAGGUUUUGGGGAUUGUGCUAAAGCCAGAGCCUUUGCUCAUUAUCCUUGGGGUUUCUGAAUCCUUUCAAAUGUUAAAUAAGGCACAACAAUGUUUCAUUUCAUAUGGUCUCAUUAUAGCGAAAAAACUGAUUCUAAUGCUAUGGAAAAGUGUAAGUGUACCAUCAACUAAGAUGUGGCUAGAGGAGUUGACAAACACACUCCAUCUGGAAAGAAUAAGAUAUAUCUUGAAAGACAGACUUCAACAUUUUGAAACAUCGUGGCAACCUUUUGUUCAAUAUCUUGUACAUACGAAUCAAGCUUAAUGAUGGAUGUAACAUGUACUACAAGAUUCAAGUGAGGUUUUAAAUGGGUCCUCAACGGGGA